CUGUCCAGACGUUCCACAAAUCCGUGCCUCUCUGGAAGACAUGGAGAGUCUCUUCCAUCAGUUUUUGCAAGAAAUGUGCAGGAAGCUAUCGCCAAUUAUGCUUGUGAAACGCUUUCAUCGCUUUCAUCUAGCCGUUGUACAACACCCACAGAGUUGAAUAAUUCUUGGUCUGGAAUAAACAGCUAUACUACUAGUUUGUCUACUGAAAGAAGUUCGGUUUACUCCUGGAGGGAUGAUGAAUUUGAUAAAGCCAACACACAGAGAGUGCAUCAGUUAUUUUUGGAGAUUGAUGAGAUGCUAUUUGAAGGAAAAGUGACCUCCCAAACACAGAGCCUGCAGGCAGAAUGUGCAGAUUGGGUUGAACAAUUUCCUCACCUAAGGGUUCUAGGAAAGCAGCUCCUAUUGCCAAAGGAUGAAGGCUUUCAGCAUUUUCAGAGCAGAAAUGAUACCUAUGUGGAUACUAAGUGUUUGCCUGGCCUCCAUGAAUGCACUAGUAAUACAAAAGACCUCUGCAUUUCAGGCUCUAAACUGAUCCCAACAGCAUCUCCAAUACAUAAAGCACUAGAUUCAAGUUCCACUAUGAUUUUUGCUUCUGACUCAGCCGUGUAUUCCUUUCUGGAAGAAGAAAUCUAUGAUAUGGAUGGAAAAAUAGAAGAAUAUCUUGCCUUUGACAACAGGGAACUUGAUGAUGAGAGUUGGGAACAAAAGAAAAUGUGUCUUGCUGAGAAGAGGAGCAAGCGUGGCAUUCCCCCUGUUUCUCCCAGUGCCUGUAUCAAAGAUGCUGUGGCUUCCGAAGUAUUUGAUCAUAUCUGGAGCAAUGUCAUUGGAAUAUUGGAGGAACUGAUUAAAAAAAAUUGGGAAACUAGUAUCUCAGAGUGUGAUGAACAAGUGGAAAAACUGAAAAGUGUUCGCACAAAAUUGCCACAUUUGCCAGCCAUUCAUGUUAUAACAGAUGUUGGGAGCAUUCCUAUUUCCAGAGGUUCUGAAGCACGAAGUGUAUCUUUUGGCUCACAUUUUGUUUCAUCUCAGGUUCACCGUUUAUCUAGCAACUUCUGUGGUGAUUUGAAUGGUGUGAUGACAAUCCAAGCAAAACCACUCCAACAGAGGCAUGUUGCCCCCGUAGAAAAAAUACAGAAUGAGCAAGAAGACAAACCGAAUAGCAUUGCCUUUAGUGUUCCAAAUUCAGCACAUACUAGGUUGGGAAGAAUUUCUAAUAACUCUGUUCUCUCAUCAUCUCGGACACUGCUGGCAUCUAGGAAACUACCAAACCAUCGUCGGUUACCUUCUCUCACUUCUGACCAACUCUGCUCAAAAGUCCCUAAUACAUACAGUGAUGAAAUCCUUAGGGGGACUAAAUUGGAUGCCAGCUCAGAUUGUUUAUCUUCUGCUCAUGCACCUACAACAUGGACCAAGUUACCACCAAUAAACUCUGAGGCUGUUGAACAAGAUCUUUUGGUACCUCGAUUGCAACAGAACUCUCAUCGAGGACGAUAUGCUCAGAGCAGAGUGUCGAGUGCAGUGCCUGGCAGGACAGAGCAGCAGCCACUUAGAGAAAGAACUGUUACUGGUGAUCAGUUUUCAAGGCCCAACACAACUCAUACAUUCAGGAGAGAGACAUCUCAGAAGAGAUCACUGACUCCCAUGGAUUUUGCUAACCACAGAGGGACAGGUCAAGAAUUUUUAGUAAUAGGCUCACAGCAUUUCUACAGAUCCUUUCAGAGAAAUCCUCCAGACUCAAGGAAGAGAUUUCAGAUUGCUUCUUAA